GGCUGCGCGGAGCUCGGCGCGCGCGGUGCCGGCGGCGGCGGAGCGGAAUGGCCGUUGCCGCGGGGCGGCGGCGGCGGCGCUGCGAGAUCUGCUGAAUCCAUUACAAAGGCAAGGGUGGACAACUCGUACAGCAGAAGUAGUGGUUCUUUAAAUGGACAUCUGCUCUUGCGGUAUGGCCCAGAUAUCCAGUAGCAAUGGAUUUAAACAGCGUUCAUCUCCUCCUUUGGCAACUGCGAGGUCAAAAGAUGUGGACAAAGAGGAGGCGUUGCAGAUGGAAGCUGAGGCGUUAGCUAAAAUGCAGAAAGAAAGAGGUGUAGCUGGUAAUAAACAAACUCUUCAUUCUUUAAGCAGCACUAGUCAAAAAGCACAGACUCAUAACAAACAGGACCAUGAUCUCAUGGUGUUUCCAGAGUCUGAUGCCAAGAGAAUGGAAGAUAAACUAAGUACCAUUGACAUAGAGAAACUUACUCAUGCUGAGCUAGAGAAACUGCUGCUGGAUGAUAGUUUUGAAUGUAGUAAAGUACCUACAUUACCAGUAACUCCCAUUUUGAGCCCCUCUGUUUCUUCACAAUUUUAUCUUGGCCCUACUGGUCGGAGAGGACAGUGGACACCUGGGAUACCAGCACCUGUGACUUGCACUUUACCUCCUAUUUAUCCUUCAGCUUCUUUUACAAAACAGACUGGUGUAUUUCAGAAUGGAUUCCAUCCAAGCAUGUCCUCCUGUCACUCUACAGAACCUAUUUAUCUUGGUCUUCCGAGACAGUCACAAUACAUUUCAUAUCCAUUGGCAGCUACUACACCUUUCCAUCCACGAGGAAGCCUACCCGUAUAUCCUCCAAUAAUUACACCAGAAAUGGCAAAAGUAUUUGACAAAAUUGCAAGCACCUCAGAAUUUCUGAAAAAUGGGAAGUCAAGCACUGACUUAGAGAUGACUGCUAUUAAGUCUGCAGUUUCUAAUCUACCAGCCUCAGAAAGCUGCAGAGACAUUAGUAAAUUUGAUUGGCUAGAUUUGGAUCCCCUAAGUAAACCAAAAAUGGACAGUGUGGAGACUUUGUAUAAGGCAGAGGAUGAUGGUGAGAUGACUUCUAGCAUGACUGCAGAAGAUCCAUGGGAUGCUGUGCUGUUGGAAGAAAAGUUGUUAGUAACUUGUCAUCUGGAAAGAAAAGUUAAUGGGAAGUCUUCUGGAGCAACAGUUACAAGGAGCCAAUCCUUGAACAUUCGAACAACUCAACUUGCAAAGUUACAGGGCCAAACAGCAGAGUUGCAGAAAGACCAUGGGACCACUGGCAUGCUGACAGGAAGCACACUUUUCCAAGAAAUUGAAGGGCAGAAUCAAGAAUUGUCAGCUUUUUCUCAAGCAAUUUUGAAAUUGAGGACCAAUUUUCCGUAUGAUAAUCAACAAACAAAUCCAGGUUUUGUGCUUAGUCCAAUCAUGCUGCAAAGAAACAUAAGUGGAGAGAGUGCUAGUAUCAAGGUUUCUAUAGAAAUCAAAGGAUUCCAGCAACCAGUAACUUUUACGUGUGAUGUGAGUUCCCCUGUUGAGCUUAUAAUAAUGCAGGCACUUUGCUGGGUGCAUGAUGACUUGAAUGAAGUGGACAUUGGCAGCUAUAUCCUGAAAGUCUGUGGCCAAGAAGAAGUUUUACAGAAUAAACACUGUGUAGGAAGCCAUGAAUAUAUUCAGAACUGCCGGAAGUGGGAUACAGAAAUUAAACUGCAGCUCUUGACCCAUAGUGUAGUGUGCAGAGAUCUGGCACGAACAGAAGAAGAUGAUAGAACACCUAUACAUCUAACCAAACACCUCUACAAAGUAGAAAAGCCUUUCAGAGAUGUUGUUAUAAGGUCUUCUAUUGAAGAGCUUUUUGAUGCAUAUCAUAAACAAAUUGACAUAGCGCUUAAAAAUGAGAACCAACAUAAAGCAAUAGAACAUGUAAUAAAGACUGUCAGAAAAAUCUGUUUUGCAUUGGAUGGUGUAGAGACUCCUGCAAUAACACAAUCUGUAAAGAAGCUAAGGAGGGCUGUUAAUCUUCCAAGGACUAAAAACAUUGAGGUAUCCUUAAAAUGUGGUGAGGACAGUAGCAAGAGCUCAUCUGGUUCACUGCAGCCUGAAAACCCUCUGAAAGUGAGCAUAGACCAGUUAACAAGAGCAGUUGAGGACCUUAUGCGACUUCAUAUGAAUUCAUGCAGCAGCAGUUCUGCAGUAAUUUCUCCAAAAAAUAGUAGGGACGCCAAGGAAGCGUGGACUGCCACAGAACAUCUCCAGUUCACAGUAUUUGCUGCACAUGGAAUAUUUCCUGCUUGGGUAUCAAAUUAUGAAAAAUACUACUUGAUUUGUUCUCUGACCCAUAAUGGAAGAGAUCUGUUUAAACCUGUUCAGUCCAAGAAGGUUGGCACAUACAAGAGUUUCUUCUACCUGAUUAAAUGGGAUGAACUAAUAAUUUUCCCCAUCCAGAUUUCACAGCUGCCAUUGGAAUCAGUCUUAUGUUUGACAUUGUUUGGAAUCCUAAAUCAAAGUAGUGGAAGUUCUCCUGACUCAAAUAAACAGAGAAAGGGCCCAGAAAUUUUGGGUCAGGUUUCUCUACCUCUUUUUGAUUUUAGGCGAUUCUUAACUUGUGGAACAAAGCUCUUACAACUCUGGACCUCAUCACAUCCCAGUCAUGCACCAGGGAUGGCCAGUAAGAGAGGAAAUAUGGAAAGAAUAGUACUGCAGGUUGAUUUCCCAUCCCUUGCUUUUGAUAUUGUAUAUCAAAUUCCUCAGUCUCCAAAGACCACUGUGUGUCAUUCCAUCGAAACAUUGGAAAAAACAUUGAAGGAACGUCUGCUUACCAUUCUCUCCAAAGAUAACACCAUUGGGCUAUCAAAAGAAGAAAAAGAAUUUUUGUGGGAGAAGAGACAUUAUUGUCAUAGUCAUGUUAAUAGCCUACCAAAAAUACUAGCUAGUGCCCCUCACUGGGACUGGGCAAGUCUUCCUGAGAUAUAUUCAUUACUUCAGCAAUGGCCUCCUUUAUCACCCUUAGCUGCACUGGAACUACUUGAUUCAAAAUUUGCUGAUCAGGAAGUGCGAACUACAGCUGUGAACUGGAUAGAGGCAUUAAGUGAUGAUGAAUUAACAGACUUCCUCCCUCAAUUUGUGCAAGCAUUGAAGUAUGAAACCUAUCUGGACAGUGCUCUUGUCAGAUUCAUUUUGGCUCGGGCUCUGGGAAGCAUUCGAAUAGCCCACUACCUGUAUUGGCUUCUUAAGGAUACACUAUAUGAUGCAAAGUUUGGUGUAAGAUACGAGCAAAUUCUUGGAGCCUUUCUUUCAGUCUGUGGAAAAGGCUUGAGGGAAGAGCUGGAGAAGCAAACCAGGCUGGUACAGCUUUUUGGAAUGGUAGCAGAAAAAGUAAAGCAAACAAGUGGAUCUGCUAGACAGGCUGUCUUGCAAAAUGGUAUGGAAUGUGUUCAGUCCUUCUUCUUGAAGAACAAAUGCCGUUUGCCUCUCAAUCCUAGCCUUGUGGCAAAAGAGUUAAAUAUUAAGGCAUGUUCAUUCUUCAGCUCCAAUGCAGUACCGCUGAAAGUUGCACUGAUAAACGCAGACCCUCUGGGAGAAGAAAUCAAUGUGAUGUUUAAGGUUGGAGAAGACCUGCGACAAGAUAUGCUGGCUUUACAAAUGAUUAAGAUUAUGGAUAAGAUCUGGCUGCAGGAGGGAUUGGAUCUACGGAUGGUUAUCUUCAAGUGUCUCUCAACUGGAAAAGAUCAAGGCAUGGUGGAGCUUGUACCUGCUUCAGAUACGCUUAGGAAAAUUCAAGUGGAAUAUGGAGUGACAGGUUCUUUUAAAGACAAACCUCUGGCAGAAUGGUUGCGAAAGUAUAAUCCUACAGAGGAGGAAUAUGAAAAGGCUUCAGAAAACUUCAUUUAUUCUUGUGCAGGAUGCUGUGUAGCUACAUAUGUAUUGGGAAUUUGUGACCGCCACAAUGAUAACAUAAUGCUUCGAAACACAGGGCAUAUGUUUCACAUUGACUUUGGAAAAUUUUUGGGUCAUGCACAAAUGUUUGGUAGCUUUAAAAGAGAUCGGGCUCCUUUUGUGCUAACGUCAGAUAUGGCUUAUGUCAUUAAUGGUGGUGAAAAACCCACGAUUCGCUUUCAGUUGUUUGUGGAUCUCUGUUGUCAAGCUUACAACUUAAUAAGAAAACAUGCAAACCUCUUCCUUAACCUGCUUUCACUGAUGCUUUCUUCAGGGUUACCAGAACUAAGUGGAGUUCAAGACUUGAAGUAUGUCCAGGAUGCUCUCCAGCCCCAAACAACAGAUGCAGAAGCUACAAUUUUCUUUACAAGGUUGAUUGAAUCCAGUCUGGGAAGUGUUGCCACAAAGUUUAAUUUCUUCAUUCACAACUUGGCUCAGCUGCGUUUCUCAGGUCUGCCUUCUAAUGAUGAACCCAUCCUCUCAUUUUCUGCUAAAACAUACUCUCUCAAACAAGAUGGACGAAUCAAACAAGUAUCUGUGUUUACCUAUCAGAAGAGGUAUAAUCCAGAUAAACAUUAUAUCUAUGUAGUGAGAAUUCUGAGAGAAGGACAAGUUGAACCAACAUUUGUCUUCCGGACAUUUGAUGAGUUCCAGGAGCUCCAUAACAAACUUGGUAUUCUCUUUCCUCUCUGGAAGUUACCGGGCUUUCCUAAUAAGAUGGUUCUGGGAAGAACCCAUAUAAAAGAUGUAGCAGCUAAAAGAAAAGUAGAGCUCAACAGCUAUAUACAGAGUCUGAUGAACAGUUCUUCAGAGGUGGCAGAAUGCGAUCUUGUUUAUACUUUUUUCCAUCCUUUACUUCGUGAUGACAAAGUGGAAGGAAUAGAUGGAAUAGCCAGAGCUACAGAUGCAAAUCCAUCAAGUCCUACUUCAGGCAAAGUGGGAGGAGAAGUGAAGCUAUCCAUAUCAUAUAGAAAUAGCACUCUAUUUAUCAUGGUGAUGCACAUCAAAGAUCUGGUUACAGAAGAUGGUGCUGAUCCAAAUCCCUAUGUGAAAACAUACUUACUUCCAGAUACACACAAAACAUCCAAACGCAAAACCAAAAUCUCCCGGAAGACGAGAAAUCCAACUUUCAAUGAAAUGCUUGUAUACAGUGGAUACAGCAUGGAGACACUGAAACAGAGAGAACUUCAGUUAAGUGUGCUCAGUGCAGAAUCAUUACGUGAGAACUUUUUCUUGGGUGGAAUUACACUCUCACUAAAGGACUUUAACUUAAGCAAGGAGACUGUUAAUUGGUAUCAACUAACUGCUGUACCCUAUCUGUGAACUCCUUUUCACACCUGAGUAAGAACAGACCAAUUGCAUUCACCUGUGCUUUGUGCAUCAUCUUACUUGAAAAUAACUUGUAUGUUUUAAAAUAAGAGAGACUGCAUUUCAAAAGAUACGUUGGACCAACCUUCAUGUAGCCUAAUUUGGAGGAUUGCUAGAAAACCAUUGCUGGUUUAUACUUAUGCAAUGUUAUCAAAGCAUUAAUGUAAAUGUUUUUUAAUACCUACAGGUAAAGGAAGGGUUUUUAAACCACCCAUGCAAGAGUCAAAUUAACAAUCUGACCAUGCUGGUUGGUUAAACCACCACAACUUAAUCACAAACUUAGGCCUGUGGAUGUAGUGGAUUUUUGCUUUAUAAUUUUUCUGUUCCCUGUGUUAUGUCAUCCAUCACUAUGGCAUGAUGCUGGAGAGUAUCAAAGAAAAUGUGGUAUUUUUCAAGAUUACAUUCCCACUAUUAACUAGGCAUCACAGAAGCAGCAAUGGGUAAAGUAUUGGUGGUUUCACACCUGUAGAAAUGAAAGUUGAAGGGCUGGAAAAGUUCCUUGGCAUUGCAUUUGAUCCCAGAUUCAUGCUUCUUUAACAGUUAUUGGAGUGAGUUGCCAAUAAUGGAAGUUGUAAAUAAUGGUGCCUUAUAACUCAAAUGCUUCUCUUGUACCUCAUUUCUAGUAUUUAAAUAUGUAUAUGUUAACUCUUUCAUCUCCUUUAAAAGGGGAAACAUUCUCACAUUCAAUAACUUGCAGAUCCUACUGGAAGUCUCUUUCAGAGAAAUGUUAUUUCCAAAUAACAUCACUUAAACUGAUCUUCAUAAUCAGUGUAACUUAGGUGAAUUCCUUGUUCUCCAUCUACCCAUUAUCUGCAAAAGUGAAUGAAGACUGGCUGAAUGUGUACUGCUUUUGAUAUUUUGAAACCAUGUUUUUAAAUUUUUAGGACUUAAAUACUGCAGUGAGUAAUUGUGGAACAAAUUCAAACACAAAAUCCGAAGUGGUAUCACACCUAAAUUAUUUUUGUGCACCCUCUAGGUCAGUGAUGGCCUCCAGGUUAAAAAAAAAAAAAAAAAAAAAAAAGUGCAACUCCUGAAUAAACUGCAGGUCAGGAAUGAGUUGCAUUAACAGAGCUAUGGGAGAGGAACUUGGUCACUUGUUUGUUUUACAGUUCACAGUAACACUGUUUCUCACUUAAGCAGCAUUAAAUUUGAAAUGUAUUGUGACAAUGGAGUACAAAUGUUAACCACUCUCCCAUUAAUACCACUGGUUACUUAAGUGGGUGUCCUGCACUACAAGAAUAGCCUUGUUAUUCAGCUUACUCAGUUUUUAAUAUGGGCAUAUUCUAUCUAGAAUUGCACACUUCUGUUUAGUGCUAGAUUUAAAACAUGUUUUGAGAAAGGGUGACAGACUAUCAGCACGAUCACUGGAAUGAAAUUUAAAGUAAAAUAUGGAACGAUGAACAAUGAUACAGUACAGGAAAGGCUUUUUGCCCCCACACUAAAAAGCUUUUUCAUAAUCCAGUUUCCUCCUCCUGCUACUGACCAGUCUCCCUUUAAUACAGAAGAGAGAAGUAAACUUGAAUCUCUUGGUGCCUAAAAUAUUCACGGUCCAAUUUCUUAGGUGUGAUUGUAAUUAAAGAGCUAAGAAUAUCUUGAAUGUUAGAAACAGGGUUACUACUAAUGGGCGUUAAUAGUACCCAAAAUCUCAGUUCUAUGAGCUAUCUUCUGCAUAUUUUUCAUUUAGUAUAUAGCAUGUAAAUAAUAUACUAUAUGACUAACUAGAUAUAUUUCCUGCUCACUUGAUGCUUUUGAGACUUACUCCAUUCCAUCAUCAGAAUUGCAAGUCACUUAAACACAGGAAAGUAGACUACUGUUUUUGUGAAACGUUCCAUUGUGAAAUAAAAUUAAAGCAAUAUGUACUGCCUUUUUGCAGUUAGCUAUUGAAGCACAGUGUCUUACAGCACAAAAUACGAAUAAAAAAACUAAAAUCAUUUUAAAAAUGAUUUGCGGUUUUAACAGUUGUCUGGACUCUGGUAAGAAAAUGUAUAGUACUGUAUAAUUGUUAGCACUUGUCCUGACUUCUGAUUUAACAGUCGUCUUAACUUAAACUCAUUUUGUGCCUUUCUAUUCCUUUUGCAAAAUACUCACUGGCUAAAGCUUUUUGUGGUCACGGUUUUCAUUUUGUGUAUGGGAUCUGCCUUGGCCUCUCCUCAAAAGUAGAGGAAGAGCAGCAAGCUUGCACCUCUUUGCACCGUUUUCAAUCAAUUAAGAAAAAAAAUGAUUGUGUUGCAAUAAACUUUUAAUGUAUUACAUACAAAAAGAAAAAAAAUGGAUGGGAAAAAGGAAGAUACUAACCUGAGAUGGAAGCUGCCAGUACACUAAUUUGUUUGAAAAUGCAGCUUAGCAGCUUAACAGCUUCUUCUAUCUUGUUUAAAAAACUUUUAUGCAACAUGUGACUUGCAGCCAGAAAUCCACUUGUCUCUCUAGCCUUUGUUUUGCUAUGUGAGAAUAACUGCUUGCUCCUAAAUUUUUAUUAAACCUAACCUACAACUUUGCACUGAAAAUUUUAUUACUGCCUUUUUAUGAGCUUACAGGUACCUGUAUCUGGAAGCAUGUGACCUUUGAUAAAAAGUUCUCUAUUUUUAAAAAUAAACAAGGCUGUGUAGAAAUCUCAGUACUUGCCUUAGGGAGAGUGCUGCUGCUCGGCUCUGACAGGGCCCGCUUGCCCCGGCCCGUCCCGGUGGCUGCAGCCCUCCCCGAGAGGCGGGGGCGCUGCGGGGGGGGCGCCCCUGGGCCGCCCUUCACCGUGUCUCCAUCGAACCAACUGCUCUAACGAGUGGCGAGUUACUAAAGGUGUUCAGUAAGGCCCCUGUACUGUAAACGUGACUCCGUAACUGUCCUGUAAGUACAUUAAACACUAUUCUGUCAUUAAAGAACAA